UAGACGGACGGUGGCGCUUGGUGGGGAGUGUCGGGGCUGUGAGGGCUUCCCACAGAGGUCCGAACUGUGAGGAUUCUUGUGUGGUGGCAGUGCUAGCUCUGUGAGAGUGUUGACUGUGAUAAAUACUGUGGCGCUCAUUCUAAUCCGCAGUAACACUGCACAUUUGGGAGGAAAUCCCGGGCACGGCUCUCAGGGCGUGACGUCACGGAUCACGUGAUCAACCUCGACCUUUGAUGGCCUCGGGCGUCUGAAUUAUUCUCCGAGAGACUGCCCUUCCAGGGCAAAGUGUAAGCCUUCAACAUGUUGAGGGCCCAUAUCGUCAACGCUUCCAACCUACCCAACAUCGAGAGUCUGGGCAAGAGUGACCCCUAUGUUACCACAGUAUUUCAAGGUGUCAAGCAGAAGACCUCUGUGAAGAAGGGCGACCUCAACCCGGAGUGGGACGAGAAACUCGAAUGGGAGCUCACCGGCAAACCGCCUUCACCGGACGAGAAACUCGAGCUGCUCGUCAAAGACCAUGACACCGUCGGAAGGAACAGACUUCUCGGCAAGACCACCAUCCUGCUCCGUAACCUGAUGAGCAGCGGUCAGAACUCCCAGGAGCUGGAACUGCCUCUGGUGGACGGCAGUGAUCAGCCCACCACGGGAGUUUUGCGCGUCAGGAUGGAGUACACCGCGCCGCGAACGCCGCAGCCCGCGCCGGCCGGCAGCAAAUCGGCCGCUAAUGUGGCCGGGGGAGGCGGAACCAAAGCUCUCAACAGUUACGAGGCCGUUCAGACGACCUCCAGCGGUGACAUUCUGCUUGGCCAGGGUGCUGAGUACAGCGCCGCCCUGGAGGGACUCGGGGUCGGGCCCCGCAGCCGGGACCUGCUGCCCAAUAAGGAGACCAAGUUCCAGAUUCGCGUCAAGGUGGUGGAGGCUCGUGGUCUGAUCGGGGGCGACCUGAACCCCACCUGUCGCGUCUCCCUGGGUAAUGACGGCAAGUCGACCCGGGUACAGAAGGCCACCAGUAACCCGUGGUUCGACGAGAUAUUCUUCUACUACCUGAAGAAGCUGCCCAGUGAAGUGUGGGACACGACGCUGGAGUUCAGGGUAUGCAACUCUCGGAUGCUACGCUCCAAGGUGGUCCUCGGAGUGUUUAAACUGGAUCUGGGAGCCGUGUACGAUCAGCCGCUGCACGCCUUCGUCAACAAGUGGCUGGCACUGACCGCACUGGAUGAGGACUCUAGUGGAGUCAUGGGUUUUCUAAAGGUCAGCAUCGCCAUCAUGGGCCCAAACGACGAGUGUCCGGACCUCAAGGUGACGGGCAACACUGGCGAAGAGGAUGUGGAGAGUAACCUGCUGUUCCCGGCCGGUCUACGGCUCUCUCCGGCUGCCUUCGAGCUCAACGUCUUCCAGGCAGAGGACCUGCCGCGGAUGGACACGGGCGCCAUGAGCACGGUGAAGCGGGUUCUCGGUUUCGGAGAGACCUCCAGCAAACAGCUGGUCGAUCCGUUCCUCAUCUUCAGUUUCGCCGGGAAGGAAGUCCAGACCACGGUGGUGUACAAGUCGGACCACCCCGAGUUCAAGCAGCGACUCUACCUCGGCUUCCAGUUCCCCGCCUUCGCCAACCAGCUCAAACUGGUGCUCAAGGACUGGGACAGAGUGGGUGACUCGGACUCCAUCGGCACGGCGUACCUCCCCCUCGCCUCCAUCAGCGCGGCAGGGGAGGACGGAUUUCUGCCCACCUUCGGCCCGUGCUUCGUCAACUUCUACGGCAGCACCCGAGAGUUCAGCGUGUUCGGGAAGGAUGAUCAGGACAUGCUGGAUGAAGGCGAGGGCGAGGGGUGUGCGUACCGCGGCCGGUGCCUGGUGGCCCUGAGAACCUCGGUCGGCGAGUAUCCCAACGUGGCCUCCGAGCCGCUCGACUUUGAGGAGGGACUCAAAAUCGACUCGUAUCUCCGGCGAAGGAAGUACCUGGUGCACUGCGCAUUCGAGGACGCCACCAUGGUCUCAGAGGUGGACAAGCCGGUAGAGUUCGAGGUGUCGAUGGGCAACUUCGGUAACAAGUUCGAGGACUCUGUGAUGCCCAGUCCUUCCUUCACCCAGCCAACCAACGCUGUGUUCGACGGAUGCCAGUACUAUUUCCUGCCGUGGAAGGGCGCCAAGCCGUGUGUGACGGUUCACUGCCAGUGGGAGGAUAUCUCUCACCGGCUGCAUACGCUCAACAUGCUGCUCAUGACUGCCCGCACGCUGGAGAAGAGCCUCUCCUUCCUGAGAACCAGCAUCCAGGCGGGAAAAACCCAGGAGCAGCUGGCCAUCGAGUUUGUCGGAGUGUGCGACCAACUCCUCCGCAACUGCCGGAUCCCUCUACCCACACCGGAGCUGCACGUGCAGUCGACAAACCUGCUGGAUAACCUGCUGUUCGGCCAGCGGCGCGCGCGGCUGGACAGCAUCAUCAAGGGCGUGCUGGAGCUGAAGGAGACGGCCACUGAUCUGGAGGAGGCCGCCGAACAACUGGACAUGUACGCCGCCACGCUGAGGGACCUGGCCGUCGAGCCCCAAAACUCUAUGCCGGACAUCAUCAUCUGGAUGCUCAGCGGCAAGAAGCGGCUGGCCUACUGCCGUAUCCCGGCGCACACGAUUCUGUUCGCUGGCGACGAGCGGCAGAGUGGCGCCGACUGCGGCCGCCUGCAGACCAUACAGCUCAAAUUCCCAGGCACCAAGAACAAGAGCUGCCGCAUCCCGGCGCUGCUGCGCGUGCGGCUCUGGCUUGGCAAGGAGCAGGAGUCCAAAGCGUGGAUCGAGGGCCACCGCGACGCCGAGACGGUCGUCUACGCCGAGACCUACGAAAAUCAGGCGAGCGUGGCCGGCCACUGGGUCACCAAGGGUCCCACGAUGACCCGACCCAAGUGGUCGGACGCGGGAGGAGACAUGCUACUGCCGCGCGAGAAUUUUGGCGCGCCCGACGGCUGGCGCUUCGCAGGGGACUGGUUCGUCGACCCCGAGCCAAGCCUGUUUUACGAAGCGGACGCCGGCCGGUCGACGUUCCUGGAGGACGUGUUCGAAAACGAGAACCGCCUGCCGGCCGGAGGGUGGAUGCCGGCCCUGACCCAGUGGAGUGACGUCAGAGGUGACCCCAGCCAGCCGAGGGACGAGAUCGCGGCCCCGCGAGGAUGGGAGUGGAACGACGCCUGGACGGUGGACCUGAACCGCGCCGUGGACGAGGAGGGCUGGGAGUACUGCGUCGAGGCUACUCUGGGCGGGUACGGACCGGUGGACAAGCUGUACCACCUGUGCCGCCGCCGGCGCUGGGUCCGGCCCCGCACUCUCGUCCACAAGGUGGCCGCCGAGGACAACGUGGCGGACAAGGAGGGCUGGGAGUACGCUCCGCUGUUCGGCAUGAAGUUCCACGCUAGGGAACGGAAGGUGGACAUGGUGCGGCGGCGCCGCUGGCACCGCAAGCUCGUGCUGGCCACUGAGGGUGUUCCCAAGCUGCCCAUCUUCCACCUGAAGGAUCCUGACUCGGAAGGUGGUAACGCGGUACACCUGAGCUGUCCGAAGAUGUACCUGGUACACACCAUGGACCAGGAGUACCAGCUGAGAGCGUACAUCUACCAGGCGCGAGACCUGCUCGCCGGAGACAAGACAGGGUUCUCAGACCCGUACGCGUGCGUGUCGUUCCUGAACGUGUCGCAGCGCACGGAGCAGGCCAAGGCGACGCUGUGCCCCACGUGGGACCAGACACUGCUGUACGACGACCUCACCAUCCACGGAGACCCCAUGUUCAUCCUGGAGCAGCCGCCCCAGGUGGUCAUCGAGGUGUUCGACCAUGACGCCUAUGGCGAGCCGGAGUUCCUGGGCCGUGCCGUGGCCACGCCCACUGUACACCUGGACCCUAGCAAAGCCAAGCCGCCACCACUCAAAUGGUACCCCUUCACCAAAGGAGACAGGGCGGACGCAGGCGAGCUGCUGGCCUCGUUCGAGCUGUACUGCAAGACCACGGAGCUGCCGUUCCUCCCGCCCACCAAGAAGGGCGGCACGCUGUACUACGUGCCCAGCGGGAUCCGACCCGUACUGCAGAGGACCGCCGUGGAGAUCCUGUGCUGGGGAGUGCGCAACAUGAAGAGUUUCGAGCUACGCUCGGUGCGUAACCCUGCCAUCGAGUUUGAGUGUGCCGGGAAGAUUGUUACCUCCGAGGUCAUGAAGGACGUCAAGCAGCACCCCAACUUCGCCGAACCGUUCCUCUUUAUGGAGAUCAUGCUGCCCAAGGAGCCGCUCUACAUGCCCCCCCUGAACAUCAAGGUGCGGGACCACCGCAGCUUCGGUUCCCGGCCUGUGGUCGGAACUCACGUGGUCAAAUCGCUGCACGAGUACAGCAUCGAGCCACUGAUGGAUGUCAAGUCAAAGCCGGUGCGUCGCCAGUCCACGGUCCACCGUCAGUCCACCGUACCGCGACAAUCAACUGUGAUCGACAUGGAGCCUGCUGUACCCGAGGAACCGGCUGCAGCCGCCGCCGGAGACGCGCCCAACGCGCAGCUGGUCGCCCUCGCCGAGCCUGGCGACACCGAACUGGUGGCAGUCGCCGUCGAGUCUUCAUCCGUCUCCGCCGGCGUCUCGGCCCCCGGCUCCAAUGCGCGUCGAGGUCGAUUCGCCGACCGCCGCUCGAAAAACUUCGACUACCAGCCGCUUUCCGACUUGGAGUCGCAGGUGACUGUCUCCCCCACGGCACCCCCGCGCCGCGGAUCACCGCUGAGAAAAGGCCGAGCGCUGACAUCAACUGAGCCGGAACCCCCGGUGGAGGCUGUAUCGAUACGUGGAAACUUCAGUGGAAGGGAAGGAUUUGCACAUAAGAAGGUGGAGAAGCGACUGCUGGCUGCUGAACCGAGUUUGGCGGCGCAGGAGAGGACUGAGUUUGCACAGAAGCUGGAGCGCCAUGACCCUGAGGCCAGCGACCGCGCCAAAAACAUGGAUUGGUGGAGCAAGUACUACGCGUCAGCGGGAGAGGUCAGAAAGUGCGGCGACUACCUCACGAAAGGGUACGAGAAGCUGGAGAUCUACCCGGUGGAGCUGGAGCGCGUGGCCUGCUUUGGCCAUUUCCGGGACAUUCUGAACACCCUGCCCAUUCUUCGCGGAAAGUCGUCAGAGGAUGAGGAGUCGGCGACUGUUGGAGAGUUCAAAGGCACCAUGCGCGUGUACACCCUGCCGGACGACCCGUCGGUGCCGCUGCCGCCGCGUCAGAUCCGCGGCAUCCCGCCCUCGGCCUCCGAGGAGGUCAUUGUGCGAGUCUACGUCAUCAGGGCGUGGGACCUGUCUCCGCAGGACUCGAGCGGUUUCUCCGACCCGUACCUCCAGGUACAGCUGGGAAAACAGCGGCAGACCACCAAAGACAACUACCGGCCGGCCACCCUGAACCCCAUCUUCGGCAGUUUUAUGGAGUUCACCUGCACCCUUCCCAAGGAGAAGGACCUCACCAUCAGUGUCCUCGACUAUGACGUCAUCAGCAAGGACGACCUGAUUGGUGAGACGGAGAUCGACCUGGAGAAUCGCUACAUGACUAAAUACCGGGCCACGUGCGGUAUUCCGCGAGAGUACCACCUGUCUGGCCCCAACCAGUGGCGUGACUCCCAGACUCCGCGCGAGAUCCUGGAGAACGUCUGUGAGACCAACAACCGCUCCCAGCCGCUGUGGCUCUCCAAGACGGAGGUGGUGAUCGGCAACAAACACUACCGUCUCAGCGAGCUCGAGGACCGUUCGGCGGCCCGUCCGUCCUCGCUGGGUCCCGACGACGAGCGCCUGGCCCUGCUGGUGCUACACACCUUCGACCUGGUGCCGGAACACGUGGAAACACGCCGGCUCUUCAACCCGGCCAUGCCCGACCUCGAGCAGGGAAAGCUGGAGAUGAUGGUGGACAUUUUCCCCAAGACGGCAGGUCCGCCGGGGCCGCCCUUCGACGUCACUCCCAGGGAGCCCAGCAAGUACCAGCUGCGUGUGGUGCUGUACAACGUGAUGGACGUGGUGAUGCAGGAAUACUCUGCCGUCUCCCAGAGCAACAUGUCUGACGUCUACGUCAAGUGCUGGAUCCAGGGGGAUAAGAACGUGCAGAAGACCGAUGUGCACUACAGGUGUAUGGACGGUGAGGCCAUGUUCAACUGGCGAUUCGUGUUCGACAUCAACUACCUGGAGGCAGAGAGGAUGAUCGUCAUCAAGUCCAAGGACCACUUCUGGAGUCUGGCGGAGCGGGAGGAGCACCGUCCUCCCAAACUGAUGUUCCAGAUCUGGGACAACGACCUCAUCAGCAAGGACGACUACAUCGGUGAGAUCGAGCUCGACCUGAACCGGCUGCUCUGCCCGGCGCGCACGGCGGCCGACUGCUCCCUCUCCCAGCUGGACGGAACUCAGCCGGACGAUACGGCUAACAACAACAACGGAGCACUCACGGCACUCACCGACAGUCUGCGCAGGCGCAAAAAGGAGGAGGGGUGUCAGGGCCCGGUGGACAUCUGGACCAAGAAGCGGGUGAUGGGUUUCUGGCCAACGGCCGGAGAGGUGGAUGGAGAGCGUGUCUGUACGGGUAAGCUGGAGAUGGAGAUUGAGGUGCUGACCGCAGAGGAAGCCGAGCAGAGACCGGCCGGGGUGGCCCGAGAAGAGCCCAACACCAACCCCACACUGCCAGAGCCAAACCGGCCCGCCACAUCGUUCCUGUGGUUCAGCUCUCCAUGGAAAUCGUUCAAGCACAUCAUCUGGAAGAAGUACAAGUGGUACAUGAUCACGCUGAUUCUGAUUCUGCUGUUGGCGCUCUUCCUGAUACUGUUCCUCUACAAUGUGCCGGAGGCGGUCGUGGACCAGACCGUGCGGAAUUUGUUCGGCUAAAAACCUCACCUGUCCUGUGCUUCCUUCAUCGGAGGCCACGAUCGACAAGAUAUUCGGCCUGUGAGCUGGCACAACUGUCAGAAGGAGCCGAACAGACCAUCAAGCUAAGAUCAGCCACUGUAAACACAAGCUUCGAACAGGCCGGCAGUUGACGGGGACAGUGUCGAUGAACAGACCGUCAACCUACAUCAGCAGCUGCCAACGCGGCCUUCCAACAGACUAUGUACUUACAAUAGCAACUGUUGACACGGACAUCGAACAAUCUACUAACACCAGCAGCAGUUGAACUUUGAACAGACUUUCAACUUAUAGCAGCAACUGUCUGACACAGGAAGAUGCGAGUUGAACUGUGGAUCCUAUAUGUGAAAUGAAUGUGUUUUUAUGAACACCUUUCUACCACGGAGCGGGAGCGAAAAACGUGCGCCGCGAUCCGCACGUGAGCAGAAAACAGCGCCUGCCUUCAGCGCGCAAAACUGGGAAAGUUUGCCAUCGUUAGGUUGUUUGAACUGAAGCUGGUAUAUUUACCAGUAAAAGUCGGACUAGACUAGUCAAACUUUUCGUGGUGGUGGUACCGUAUUUUCUAGAUUGAAUGCUGCCUUGGCCUUUCGCUUGAGAGGCGUCUUUUAGGGUUGCCAGGUGCUGAAAACUGUUGCGACCAGGGCCAUGAAAUUAUUUAUCAGUGUCUGUGACGAAGAUUGGUUGUUGGAGAAGGGGAAGACCACAAUAUCUAGUGAUUGUCCGGAAAAUGUUCGUGAUUUCGAGUUGCCUUCAAAGUGGAUACGUAUGAAUGUUCCUCUGAUAAAUUGCGGUCUUUAUGGGUCUAGGGAGCUUGCAGUUGCAACCAUUAUUCUCGCAUUUUGUCAGUCGUGCUGAAUGACCCAUAUUACUAGCAGCUGAAGCGAUUUCUGUUUGGCAGCCAAACGCACUGACUCGUGUAGCCUGCUUCUGUUGUAUUUUCUUCGAAUCCUCCGAUGUAACAAUAGAAUCACACUGUUUUUCUUCUCGGUAAUGUGCUUGGUUAUGCAGAAGAUUUACGCAGAGAAUUGUGGUGAGUGGCGUCUCCCAUAUAUGUAGAGCUUUUGUGAUCCAUAUUUCUGCUUCGCUCUUUUUGCGAAGUGUUUUACUGUGCCUUCCGCGUGUGAAUGCCUUUGUCUGUACUCCUUUGUUUUCCCCUUCCACACACCUAUUGAUUUCGAAAUAAUUUCGAAGACGUCUUCAUAACGAGGUUGUGGCCGUAGAAAUGUGAACUAUUGUUAGAAAAUGCGUGUCCUAUGCGCCACACCUACAUGACUAAUUAUUUAUUAGGCAAUACUGAGCUUUGCUUACGCUUUGUGAUUUACGUGUACCCGGACUUGACAAUAUACGAUCGCAGUAUCUUAACGAAACAAUAGGAAGUGCUUGAGGCUAUCAGCAAUAAUGUUUUGUCGGUGCCCUAGGCGCGUCUCCUCGCGUCUGUUGUUACAUGUACCGCUAGUGUCCGAGAUUACUGAACCGUUUUCACAAUUUUUGUAUGCUUGAAUUCGUUAAUAAAAUACUUAUACCUA